AUGUCAAAGUAUAUGGCAAAGGGCGCUGUACGCUCAAUAAAAAAUUAUACAAAAGGCUAUUCCGAAAUCCAAGCUAAAGUGAGAGAAGCUACUUCAAACGAUCCAUGGGGACCAAGCGGGACUCUAAUGGAUGAGAUUGGUCAAGCAACCUAUAACCACCAAAACUUUUUAGAAAUUAUGGAGAUUCUUGACAAGAGGCUAAACGACCAUGGAAAGAAUUGGAGACACGUUUUCAAGGCGUUGAUUGUGUUGGAUUAUUGUCUUCAUAUCGGGUCUGAGGAAGUCGUAAAAUAUGCAAAGAAGAAUGUUUAUAUAGUUAAGACACUCAAAGAAUUCCAGUUUAUAGAUGAGUAUGGCAAAGAUCAAGGCGUCAAUGUACGUCAAAGGGCAAAGGAGAUUGCUAAUCUACUGGAAGAUGAUGAGAGAUUGAAAUCGGAGAGACAGAAUAGAGCUAAUAUGAGAGAGCGUAUUCAGGGUAGCCGAUAUGAUCCCAUGAGUGAAACAGCCGAUAGAAGUGUGCCAUAUGACCAAGAAAACACUCCGUACAUUGAUGAAGAGGGCGAUCUGCAAAAGGCAAUUGAAGAGAGCAAGAAAUUGGAAAGAGAGAAGACGUUAAAAGCAAAUCAGGAGGACGAGGAAAAUCUGCAGAAAGCUAUUCGGUUGAGUAAAGAAGAGGCCGAGGCUGCAGAACAGCGUAAAAAAGAACAAGAACGCAAUAACACGCUCCCUCAGCAACAACAGACAGAUAUCUUUGGAAACCCCAUACCCCUGGAACCAUCACUUCCAAAUUAUGGCAAACCCGAUCUGCUUGAAAUAUAUGAUAAUAAUCAGAAUCUAUUCCAGAACAAUAAUCAAUUUAUCAAUAAUCCGUACACACAACAACAACUACUACAGUUGCAUCUGGCUACAUUAGCGCAAUUGCAGCAGAGCCAACAACAAACCGGAUACCCAGCUGCUACUUUCCCAUCCAACGCACAGAGAUCCACAUCAUUUUUGGAUUCAUUUACCAGCACACCACAGUCAACUUUGGACAGCAGAUUACAGGCUCAACUUACUGGUGACAAACGAUUGCCUCAAUUGACACCAACGCAGAAGAAAGUAACUGAAAGAAAUGCGGCAUUGAAUGACCUUCUUGCUACUGGGGAAGGACAAGAUACGUUUGGAAAUGUUGGAAAUCUUCGUGUCCCAGUUGGAUCAGGGUAUGCCAAUAGCAGCAAUUUACUUGCUACUUCAGGACGAUCUAAUUCAACAGGCACUAUUGGAAACCCGUUUGUCAAGAGUGGUAGCUUGAGUCCACAAUCAACUGGUACAUUUAGCUCACCGCAACUGGGUGGUAGUAUAAGUAGCCAGCCAACUGGUACAAGUGAUUUGCUAAGUCUUACAAGCGGGAGCGCAUAUUCGUCCAUUACUCAGCCUGCCACACCCUUUUCAACAACAUCCUUCACCAGUUCCAAUGCUAAUCCUAGCUUAAUCGAUUUUGAUCUUGGUUCUCAAAGUAACCGAAAUCCAUUUCAGGGUCAGCAGGGCUUUGGCACGAUGGGUCAACCACAACAGAGUGUCACAGGGACAUUCAAUGGUGGUUUGAAUUUACAACCAUCACCGUAUAGCAGUAAUAACAACAGCGGAUUGUUCUAG